CGCGUUUUUUCGGGGAGGAUUGGGGAGAAUUACUCUCCGCUGCGCUCCACAGCGGCCCAAAGGGGUGAAGGGUCAGUCCGCGAGUUGUAGGUCAUGGCGCUGGCCGCUCGCCUCUGGCGCUUUCUGCCUUGGGGACGUCGCAUCUUUCCGGGACCUUGGCUCUCGAGGGGUGUUGCUGGCAGCCGCGGGCUGUGCUGUACUAGGCGACUCCGCGGCUCUGAGGUGAUGGAAAAUCUAGGAGCUUUCAAAAGAAGCCUUUUAUUCUCAGCUUUACCUUAUUUGGGUUUUGAAGCAUACCAAGUAUUUUCCCAGGCUGCUAUGGUUCAUGCCACAGCCAAAGUCUUCAGAGUUGAAGAAAUUCUUGAGCAAGCAGACUACCUAUAUGAGAGUGGAGAAACAGAAAAACUUUAUCAGUUGCUGACCCAAUACAAGGAAAGUGAAGAUGCAGAGUUACUGUGGCGAUUGGCACGGGCAUCACGUGAUAUAGCUCAGCUUAGUGGGACCUCAGAAGAGGAGAAAAAACUCCUGAUUUAUGAAGCCCUAGAGUAUGCAAAAAGAGCACUAGAAAAAAAUGAAUCCAGUUUUGCAGCUCAUAAGUGGUAUGCAAUCUGUAUUAGUGAUGUUGGAGAUUAUGAAGGCAUCAAGGCUAAAAUUGCAAAUGCCUACAUUAUCAAGGAGCAUUUUGAGAAAGCAAUUGAACUGAACCCAAAAGAUGCUACCUCAAUUCACCUUAUGGGUAUUUGGUGUUACACAUUUGCUGAAAUGCCUUGGUAUCAGAGAAGAAUUGCUAAAGUGCUGUUUGCAACUCCUCCUAGUUCCACCUAUGAGGAGGCAUUAGGCUACUUUCACAGGGCAGAGCAAGUGGAUCCAAAUUUCUACAGCAAAAACUUGCUGCUUUUAGGAAAGACAUAUUUGAAGUUACACAAUAAAAAGCUUGCUGCCUUCUGGCUAAUGAAAGCCAAGGACUAUCCGGCACACACAGAGGAGGAUAAACAGAUACAGACAGAAGCUGCUCAGUUGCUUACAGGUUUCAGUGACAAGAAUUGAGAAUUUUUCAGAGAAGAAAGCCCACGAAAUAUCUAAGAAACAUUGCCUUUUCAUGAAAUUACAAAGAUAAUAUGUGAACUGUAACUGUUCUAUGGCUGUUUUCUCGGUUCCUUUAAUGUGACCACUUAACAAAUUAAAUGUACAAAAUUCUAAGUGUCUUCACAGACAACAAGGCAAAAGAAAUAAUUACCAAAAAAUUGGUAGAGACUUCUCCCUGGCUGAGAGGCAGAGAUAUUGCGCAUUUAGGACACUAGCAAUACAAAGUGGUGUAAAAUUUCUGAGGAGGAUGGAUCACAUCAGAAUGGGAGAUCAAGAAAAGAAAAAGCUUUGUGGAAGAGGCUUCAUUGGGGGGUGUGCACUGCCAAAUUGGACUGAUGCAAAGUUGAGAUCUUGCAGAGAAGGUGCAGUGAAAAUUAGGAGGUUAGGAUGUUGAGGGUUCUUGGUAUAAAGUAGUUAAAUGAUGGAUCUUGGAACCAACCUGUGUAAGGAAAAAACUUAAGUCAGGAGAGGACAGAAAAUGGAGUGUGGUGUUUUUUUUGUUUGUUUGUUUUUUUUUAAUGUGACAUGGUCUUACGAGUGAAGGAUUGAUUUUGUUACUUGACAAAGCCCAGAUUCUCUUCCCUAAUGUGGUGAAAGGAACACAGAACUCAGGGUGAAAUAGAAAUGAAGAUGUUUCACAUAGGCAGGACUGAAUUACUUGAGGCUGCAGAACUGUUUUAUAAAAAGGACUAUCUUGAAUCCUUUGAAUCACUUAGAUAAAUCAAGAGUGCAUGCAUAGGUAAGUUUUCCCGGAGUUGGGAAUUGUAAAGUUAACAGUGAACCAUGAGGGUGUGGGCUGUUUGUGUUGUCAUGCAUAUUUUCGAACAAAAAGGAAAAUCAAAGUUCUGGACUCUAUAUACCCAUCUCCAAUUGCUAAUCUUCAGCUAUAUUUUACUGUGUGUGUGUGUGUAUUUCUAAACUUUUGAAAUUGUAGACAACAUACUUCAUCCCUAAGUACUUAAGCAUGCAUUGUCUCAGAAUGACAUCCUUCUAAACAAACAAAAACCCAUUAGCACAACAAAAAGUUAACAGUAAUUCUUUAAAACCAUCUUCUGAUACCAGCCAUAUUUGUAUAUUCUCAAAUGUCCCAGGAAUGUCUUACCAAUUUUAAAAACCAGGAUCCAAUCAACCAUACAUUGUAUUUGAUUUUCGGCCUUAGUUUUUAAAAAUCUAGAAGAAUUUUCCCAUUUUUUUUUUUAAAUCCCACCAUUCAUUGACUUUUUUUUGAAAAGGCCAGUCAUCUUAGAUUCUCUCUCAUUCCAGAUUUGCUGUACCCCACUUUAGGAACCACUGUUUCAUCUUUUCAGUGACUCUGAUUAAUUUUAUGUAAUUUGAUCUUCUUUGCCUAAUUUUUUAUCACUUCUCUGAUUUUUUACCUCUUUCCGUUUCAUUUCCUUGGCUCUUUGAAUUUCUGUCUUCCAUGUCUCUAUUGUUUUCUUCCUCAGAUACCUUUUGUCUUCACUUGAGAUGUUUGUCUUUUUCUUCCAUUAUUUCCCCUGAUUUCAAUCAGCAGGCAUUUCACAUUUUCAUGUAGUUUGUCCAGUUCUGAGUUUAAUUUUUAAUUUGAUUUUUUAGUUUUGAUAGUUACUUACAUUUAAUUCAUAGUAUAUUGUGUUAAAGAAUGUUUUCUUCUGUUUUGAGUAUCUUCAUCUGAAAUUUCUUCCUUUUCACUAGAGCGACUUUCAGUAUUUUCUGGUGAUGUGUGUGUGUUUUGUGUUACCUGCAAUACCAGGUAUCAAAUGGGAGGUGAAGGAUUUUGAUUUGUUCAAGAAUAACCUCUAUGAAGGAGUUUUUGUGAAAUGAGGUAUCUUUCAGUAAUAAAGCCUUUUAUGGGUGGGGUCUGUCUUCUGAUAUUUUAUAAUGCUUUUAAAAAAUUGUAUUGCUUUGUAAUCAUUAUAGAUUCAUAGGAAGUUUGGGAGUGGGGAGGAAAUAGAGCGGUCCCAGAGGUAAACCUCUGCCUCCAAGUUGAAAAUCAGGUUAAUCGGUAUAGCCCAUAAAUCUUACUCAGAUUUUACUUCUAAGUGCCCUCACUUGUGUAUGUGUUCUAUGUAAUUUUGUCAGUAUGUUUUUUUUUUUUUUUUUUAAACUGCAGCUACAAUCAAGAUAUGGAACUGUUCCACCAAAUUGUGUAAAUCCCUACUGCUAUGCUAGCCCUUUAUGGUCACAUCCAUCCACCACUUUUCCUCCUUACCACCAUCCCUAAUCCUGGCAACCACCAAUUUCAAUACUGUUAUAUAAAUGGAAUCAGAUUAUGUGACCUUUUGAGAACUGGCCUUUUUCAUUUGAUGCAAUUUCUUUGAAAUCCAUCUGCAUAUAGUUGAUUCCGUUAUACUGUUGAUUAUAUUUCAUGGUAUAAAUGUACCCAUUUAACCAUUCACUGAAGGUCAUUUAGGUUGUUUCCAGUCUUUGACUCCUAUGAACAUUGGAUACAGGUUAUAUUAACACCCAGGAGUGCAAUUGCUGGGUCCUAAUUUAUAGAGCUAUUAUCUUCCCUUUUUCCCCCCUUAUAAACUAAGGGAUAGCUAGCUCCCUUCACCAAGAUGCCAUACAUUCCUAAGAGUCUGAUUGUGUGCUCUUUGUCUCUUCCUUUUGACUUCCCAGGGGUCUGAUUCACCAGGUCUUACACUGGUUCUUGGCAUUUCCUCACUCACAGUUGAGACCUAUUACUU